AUGUCCUUACCAGCACAGUACUCUUUAGUUCCUUCCUCAACAAUGGAAUUGAUUGACCUCCUUAUUCUUUGUCUAGCAUUUAUCUUUGCCCUUCUAUGGUGGCGACAUUGGUCCGUCACGGGCGGGGGGCCAAAGAAUCUUCCUCCAGGGCCUCCAGGGUGGCCUCUUGUGGGCAACUUGUUCCAAAUCAUCCUCCAACGCCGUCCCUUCAUCUAUAUCGUACGUGAUUUACGUGCAAAAUAUGGUCCAAUCUUCACCAUGCAAAUGGGGCAACGUACUCUUGUUAUUGUCACCAGCUCUGAGCUCAUACAUGAAGCCCUGGUUCAGAGAGGCCCUACAUUUGCUAGCCGGCCGGCUGACUCGCCGAUCCGACUCGUCUUCAGCGUUGGUAAAUGUGCUAUCAACUCAGCCGAAUAUGGUCCUCUUUGGAGAUCUCUACGCAAGAACUUUGUCACAGAGCUGAUAAACCCCGUGAGAAUCAAGCAGUGUAGUUGGAUACGCCAAUAUGCUUUAGAGAACCACAUGAAAAGGUUAGAAUCCAAGGUGCUUGAAAAUGGAUUUGUUGAGGUCAUGAGCAACUGUAGGCUCACUGUAUGUAGCAUCUUAAUAUGUCUUUGCUUUGGUGCAAGAAUCUCUGAAGAAAGAAUCAAGAACAUCGAAGCUAUAUUAAAAGAGGUGAUGUUAAUGACAAUGCCAAAGCUUCCGGAUUUCUUGCCAAUUCUUGCUCCUUUAUUUCGCAAGCAAAUGAAAGAAGCUAAAGAAUUGAGAAAGAAACAGAUGGAAUGUUUGGUUCCAUUGAUUAGAACCAGAAGGGCCUUCGUGGAGAAAGGUGAGAACCCUGGUUUGGAAAUGGUGAGUCCAGUUGGUGCAGCCUAUAUAGAUUCUUUGUUCGACAUGAAGCCUGCAAAUAGAGGUCCACUAGGUGAGCAAGAAUUUGUGACAUUAUGCUCUGAGGUGAUCAGUGCCGGUACUGAUACUAGUGCAACAACCAUCGAAUGGGCUCUACUUCACUUGGUACAAAAUCAAGAAAUCCAAGAGAAGCUAUACAAAGAAAUCAUCGGAUGUGUAGGCAAAAACGGGGUGGUCAGAGAAGAAGAUACUGAGAAAAUGCCUUAUCUUGCUGCAAUUGUUAAAGAAACUUUCAGGCGUCACCCACCAAGCCAUUUUGUUCUAUCCCAUGCUGCUACUAAGGAGACUCACCUUGCUGGUUACACCAUUCCAGCUGAUGUUAGUGUUGAGUUUUACACUGCAUGGGUGACUGAGGAUCCGGAUUUGUGGAAGGAUCCGGAUGAGUUUCGCCCCGAGAGGUUCUUGGACGGUGAUGGGGUUGAUGUGGAUGUGACCGGGACUCGUGGGGUCAGGAUGAUUCCUUUUGGUGCCGGAAGGAGGAUUUGUCCGGCAUGGAGCCUUGGUAUAUUGCAUGUUAAUUUGCUGCUUGCUCGGAUGGUGCAUGCUUACAGGUGGUUGCCUUGCCCGGACGCCCCACCCGACCCGACUGAGACUUUUGCUUUCACUGUUGUGAUGAAAAAUCCUCUGAAAGCUGUGAUAUUGUCCAGGCAAUUAGUUGGAUAA